AUGAUGUUCUCCUGGCCGAUUCCGGCCACGGCGGCCAAUCUCAUUGAGACUAGCCAACUGCGCAGGAGAUAUUAUAGUGCAGAAGUGUACGCGCAGACGCAACGUGCACUCUCUAUUCCUGUCACUCUCAUACUCCGGUGGGACGACUGCUUGACACGACCAGUGAGAGUUAAGGCGCAGGACCGACGGCUUUACGUGCUCUCCGAGGCACGGAGGUGUAACACCGACAACUUCCCAACUCCGGGCUGUUAC